CUUUAGCUCGUAGCUCUAACUGUAGCACAACAGCUAAGUCCAAAAUAAAAGCUUUCGGGGGGCACGUUAUCUAGUGUAUUACCGCUUUCGACGUCGAUAUGGAGCACUAGGCAGGAUUUAUAAACAGAGUGCUGAGGAAUGGUCUGACUGCAGCAGCACCAGUAAAGAUGCACAGCCGUCUGCAGGAGCUGAAGAAAGAAGAGGAGACUCUCCUCAAAAUUAAAGUGAUGCUACAAGACCAACUGAACAGGUUGAAGUUUGAAGAAGGGGCCUUGAAAUCUAUCAUUAAUGCUCAAACAGAAGAAGGAGCCUCUCAGCGCUUAUCCCCUGAAACUGAGGUUCAUAUUAACCUUGACGAUGAGAGUGAGAUCAAUCAAACCAAACUGCUACUGAAUGCCGCUGUAGAUUAUGAUAUGGAGGAGGAGGAGGACGAUGAUGACGAAGAGGAAGAGGAAGACGAUGAUGAGGAAGAUGACGAUGAACUUGGAUUUGUGCCUGAGGAGGAUGAGGAGGAAGAUGAUUACUGAAAUUCUCAGUGUUUCAUGGGGCUUCUAUGUUUGCACCACUGAAGAAGAACCACGUGUAAACGGACAGCUGUUUAUUUCUUCACCUGUUUUGUACUAUCACUUAUGAAGUUUAAUUUAUUUAGAUGGAGUGAGUAGCAGUUAUAGUGUAAUGAUGUGUGGUGCUAACAGUAUCCUCUCCUUUGCCUGAUUUAAGGCAUGUCAUCAGGAUUUCAACUAUGUUAGAAUUUGUGUGUCAAACCCUGUGAGAAAUGUCUCACUGAAAUGCAGUAAGACAGUGUUAUUAGGUGCUUCUAGCUUACUAGAUAUAUUGUGCAUUUUGGAGAUAAGAAACUGAGCAGCAGUUCACUUGAGAAUCAGAUUUUGAGAUGUGUCCGAUAGUAUGAAAAUGUAUGGCUGGGCCAUAUAAGAAUAUAGUGUGUAUGCACUAUGUAAGAGCUGAUAAUUGUAAGCACAAAAUAAAAUGUUUUGCAUAGGG